AUCAAAGCGCUAUCUAUACGCAGAUACGGUAUACUUUCAACUUCGUAGAUGUUUAUUGAGUGUGGGUAGUUAUUAAACAACUACAUCUUAAAGAAUACAUUAAAUUUCAAUAAAAUUGGUGAAGAUAUUUUCAUACCAUGAGUAACAGAACGUUUCUUGAUGUCGAUGAUACAAUAUUAACACAAAAUUUAACAUUGCCAGAAACUGUGGCACAGGAUAAUUUACUGAAACAGCUUGAUUCGAAACCUUUCUUUAUUGUCCAACCUAAGCCUGGAAUAUGUGUAAAAACAAAAACAGAUGCAGAUGAAAAGGUUUUUUUAAAUAUAUGUACAUCAGAUAAAAUACCAGCACCUGAAGAUAUAUCUGAUGCAAAACUUAUAGAGAUAAUCUCAGAAGAAAAAGCUUCAGAUUUUGUUAUACCUUUGAGUAUAGGAACUGAAAGACUUGAAUCUGAUAAAGGUGGAUCGCCUUGUGUAACAUGUGACAUUGUAAUUAAUACAACAUAUUUUGAAAAAUGUCAGAAACAGAAGAACUUCUUAAUCUUUACAAUAACAGUUAUAAUAGAGGGUACAGGAGCAAAGAUCAAUAAAAAUCUAAAUCUAGAAGAAUAUGUAAUUCUUAAGAAUCGUAAGGUCAUGGGAAAAUUACAACAAUUCAGAAUUGAAAAUCGCGAACCAAGAACUCAUACACAAACUAAAAAGCCUCUUAUUGAAGAAAUCAAAUCCUCUCCAAAAGAAAGUUAUAAGAAAAAAAAUGAAAUUAAAGAGACAGAAAUCUCUUCAAAAUCUAUAGAUUCAAAGAUAGAUUAUGUAUUAUUGAAACAACCUUUAAAAGGAACUGCAACAAACUUAAUUGGUCUAUUUUACAUGCCUAAAGGGAUUAAUAGUGAAGACAUGGAAGUACUCCUGAAUGAAGAUCGUAUUGUAAUUAAUGUUGAUAAGAUUGGACUUACCUGUGAUCUUUCAAUUCCCUAUACCAUAAAUGUAGCAAGUGUAAAAUGUCUUUUGGAUAAAUAUCUCAGGGUGCUUAGAUUAGAUAUGCCUGUCCAAAAUGCUACAGACUGUGUUUAAUAAAUAACAAACGUAAGCAUAUUAAGUUUAUAAAUAGUUUUAUUGUAACAUUAAUUAUAUUCAAAAACAAAUACAAGCAGUAUCUUGUUCUCUGCUGUUUUUUUUUCUUCGUAACAAUAAAACUUUGAUGUGCGUGAAUAGCAUAAUUAUUUUUAAGCUUAUGAAGAUCGAUCAAUAUUUGUAUAUGAACAAGACAACUGUGACUUGAAUCUAAUCAACAAUUAUGGAAGAUUCAACUUAUACUUUUUGGUAUAAGAAAUAUUACAAAAUAUCCAACAAACACAUUAUAAAAACAAAUUGUAACAUUACAUACAACUGUUUUCUUUUUGUACAAAAAAAUUAUAUCACAAGCAUUAGUAUUGGAAUGUGGAACAUAUGCUAAAAUAGUAAUCGUAUUCCAUAGCUUAUUUAAGUUCAAGAUAUGUAUUACACCAUUCUGAUAACUAAGAUCUAUAGUCAAUUUAUAUUUCCGUGUAAAAUGUUGGUCGUUCAAUUCCUAUCAUGGUGAAAAUGUUUGGCAAGAGGUACACUGUAUUUAAACCUAUCAUGAAACAAGUUAGAUAUUUAUAGACUAGAUCAACAAGAACCUUAUUUUUAUUUUCUGAAUAGUUUUGACUUUUCAUAAGGUCUCUAGCAUUGAUUUUUAAUAUGGCACACAUUGCUCCAUAACUAACGGAUUUGCAAACAGCUCUUGUUACAAGAAUGCUGCAAAAUCCAAGUAUUGUUCUAAGUAUCAAGCAAUCAAGCAUUGCAUAUGAAGGCCAUACAAUAUGAUAUGGUGGAACCUUUGUGGGAGUUAUCAUAGCCCCAGUCUUAUAAUUAAGCCAUGCUCCUACAUGAACCCCAGUAGUAACAGACACCACCAUACUUGUGUCACCCCUGUAAUAAAAAUAUAAAAAAUGAUACUG